UGGGAGGCUGGGGGCCAUUUUUGGGUGUGCGAACCAGUUGUGCCGAAACCUGAUAUUGCGCCUUUUCGUAUUGGAUUAUUACUUUUUCAUUAAAAACAUUUUAUGCUUGUUUUUGGUUUCUUAAACUCGCAAACUUUUCUAUACAGCGUCUUAUGUAGUGUGGCAUCUGCCAAGUUUAUUCUGCAUUGCAUCAGGCGCCCAUCUUCCCAUCCUGUCCAAGUAGAAGUGGGCGUGACCCAUGCCCACGCAUAUUGGGCUGAACGCCUUGUGCCUCGUCAGCAAAUUCUUUCUGCGGUUUUUGUAGACGAGUGCAGCUGAAACGGCUCCUCUUCUCCUUUUUUAGUUUUUCCUUCUGCAUCUUUCCAAGUUUGCUUCUCCGCCGCUGUUCUUUGCUUGCAUUUUCCUGCUGUUCGUGUCGUCAGGUUUUACCCCGCGGCAUUCGCAUGACGUCGGGCACUUUAGAGUGAGCAGGGUUUGGAUAUAUAUAACCCGGAGGGUGGACUACACGAAACAAAAACAAAAAAAAAUAGUACGAGAUCACGAAAAUGUCAUCAUACCGACGAACAGAAUUCGAAGAGAGAGACUACGGGCCACCGCCGCGGCGAGAGGAGGAAGUCCGCACCCGUACAGUGGUUCGCGAACGAGAACGGGACGAUCGGCCACUCCCGCAGUGGCUGCGCGACGACCGCCGACCAGAGGGUGGGCAGAUGAUUCUUCGCGAGCGAGAUGUCGAAGAGUACGAACAUAUUCGAAGCCCCAGCCCUGUCCGUAUGCGCGACGAUGCUCCUCUACGAAGGCCACGCAGCGUCUCGGUGGGCGACCAGGAGCGCGUGCACACUCGCACCAUAGUAGAGGAGAGGAUACGCAGCCCAAAUGAACUUAGGCCGCCAUCACCUAGAGGCGUUAGGUUUGAGCAGAGGGUGGAAAGGUCGCCGUCCACCGUGGACGAGAGAGAGCAUAUUCACAUUGUUGAUCGCAGAACCGAGUCUAGCUCAUCGAGAUCGCCUUCACCUGCGCCGCGACCGGUGGUUCGCGGACCCAUUAUUGAGAGGGACGUCAUUACUCACUAUACAGAUAUUGAUCACGGUGUUAUCAAUGCCCGCCGUCCAGCACCUACGCCGCCACGACGCAUCGUCUCUGAGCAGCGUGAGACUGAUAUCGAUAUUUCUCUUGGGCGGCAUCAUACCGACGUCGACAUCCACCGGUCAUCUAGUCGACAGCGUUCACGCAGCCGCGACGGAAGACGUUUUGGUUCGGAGCUUGUCGUCCAUGAUACUUCACGGCUCGAGGAGCGUCUCGAGGGCCGUCGCCGCGCUCACUCAUCUGUUGGCUUCCGGGAGCGAGACGAGGAAGAAUACAUUACAUCGCGCAUCGAUUCGCGCGGAUCUAUGGGCGAGGCUCGCGGCGGUGCCACCCGCAAAUGGACUAUUGUCGACGUGCCUCCUGGUACAGAGCGUGUGCGCAUGGACGGCGUGGGAGGCGCCAGUACCGACACGACGUGGUCCAAGUAUAGCGGCGUUCGAAGAACCAAGUUCAUCCCUGAGCGGGAUGGUCUGCUAGUGCCGUCGCAGCCUAGACGAUCUCGAUCUGUUGGACGAAAGGACCGCUUGAGUGUAGACAUUGAUAUUGAGCGACGCCAUUCGAGACACCGGUCGCCCAAGCCGCCAGCACGAGAGAUGUGGACGGAGCUUACCAAGGAUCUUGUGUCGCGUGAAGCCAUGCAGAGGCUGGGUUACGCAUUUGAGGAGACCAAGUAUCUAUAUUACAUUAUGCAGUAUCUGCCCUAUGACGAGGUUGUAAGACUGAUUGAAUUUUCCGAGCAGAUCCGCCGCGCGAGAAGAAAGCACCUACAUGCCCUGGAGGUCGACAUCGACAUUGAGCGGCGUAGAAGACACCAUGACGAUCUUGUAAUCCGGCCGCGUCCUAGAAGGGCCCAUCAGGAGUGGGAUCGGGAGCUGAUUGUGGACGAUCGGGUACGCGGGUACCUCCGAUGAAAGAUUGUAAUGACUGAUGACAAUUAUUUUCUUUUUUUUUAUGAUUUAUUUUGUUUUUUAUGACUCUGUAACCUUGAAUGUUUGCCCCGAUAUAUGAGACUUUGUUUUGGCUUGUUUGCUGCCGACUGUAUUUGGACUGCACCGAUUGCAAUUGGACUGUACCGGCCCAGUUCCGAUCGACGGGGCUUGCGCCGGUCCCGGAGGCAGGGAGAGGCCAAUGAGGGGCACCUUGAAAAGCAUUAUCUAAGAAUGAGAAAAAAAGACGUUUUUGCUUGAGAUUUGCACGCUUUCUAUGCAACUAGGUGAUGGCACAUUUAAUAAAAUCGCAUUUCUUGU